CUGCGUAAAUCAUUUACUGGAAAUGCUCUUUCAGGAAGUGAAAACUUAUUCAACUUAACUCAGCCAUGGCCGCUGCUUCUGUUGUUCAGGAUCUCUGUGAAGAAGCCACUUGUUCGAUCUGUUUUGAUUAUUUCAAGGAUCCUGUGACCAUAACAUGUGGGCACAAUUUCUGCAGAGCCUGCCUGACCCAGAGCUGGGAGAAGUCGGGCAAUACGGAUGCCUCCUGCCCUUUCUGCAGGGAAACUGUUCUGCAAAGGAAGCUAACAACAAACUGGCAACUAGCCAACAUUAUAGCAGCAGUGAAGAAACUUAAUCCAAACUAUGAAGGAGGAAAGCAGGAGCCCUGGAAAAGUGUUUAUGAAGAUUAUGAAUCCAGGAUCUCUUUGGUGGAUGACAAGGAACACCACGAUCAUCGACAAAUUGCACUGAAGGUGGCUGCUCCAGACUCCAAGAACCAGGAAGAUGAAGAGAUGGAAAAAAUCUUAAGAAAAAUUACACAAGAUUGCUGGUUUCUGGAGGAUCAGACCAAGCAUAUCUGGGCCCAGAUAGAAGAGAUGAAACACCAGAUUGGAAGAAAGACAAAUAACCAAGAACUCUCCUUUCUGGAAAAUCUCAUCCUGAAGAUGCAAGAUGAACUCCUGCAGACUGCAAAGAGCCUUUCACAGAGGAGUGAGAAGAAGGAAGCAGCUGAGAAGUCAGUGGCUUUCCCUCCAGAGCUGAAAUGGAAGAUCCAGGAGAUUUCUGAUCAAAAUCCAGAUCUAACUACUAUCAUGAAGUGGUUCCAAGGAAAUCUGGAUCCAGACUCAGCGCCUUCCUUCCACUUCCUGUCUGAUGGUCAUAAAAGUGGGAAAUAUGAAGCUGAGCCUCAAGGCCUGCCUGAUAAUCCUGGGCAAUUCUGCAAUCCCACUUACGUGUCAGGGUUCAAGGACUUCAUAACACGUUCUCAUGCUGAGGAAUAUGCUGUAAGGAAGGAGGGAAUCUGGCCUGUGAAGAUGGCCACCAAGCCCGUGAGAGGAAAAGGCCAUCUUCCCAUUGGUCCUAAGGAACGUAUUUGGCCGAUGGGCAAGUGGACAGGUAUCUAUCCUGAUACCAGUCUCCCUAGUAUCUCUGAUCUGUCUUUGAGUGAAAAGACCAAAGGAGUCCAGAGAUAUCUGAAUGGUCUUGCAGGCCAAGUGGGUUUUUUUGAUGGAGAAAUGGGAGGCCAGAUUGAUGCAAUCUUGGAAGUCCCAAUCUCAGCAGUCUCUGUACUACCAUUUUUUUACAUGUAGUACAGGGACACAUUGAAAGCUCACUUUAAUGCAGGCAACGUUAUCUCACAGACCUUAUUCUCUAAACCAUGAUAAUAUAAUGGUUUAACUGAUCUUCAAGAAUCGUUUUGAGAUUUAUUUAAAAAUCUCUUUAUAUGCUUUUAUUGACUGUAUUCUUCCCCAAGAGUUUAUGAUAGAGAGUGGGCUUGAAACAGUUUAAUAACAAGCAUAAAUAAUACUAUUGGCAUAAAAUAAGAAUUUAAGAUUCAGCUGUACGGUGAUCUAUUACAGUGCGCCAUCUUGAGAAUAGUUGGCAUUUCCAUGCGGCCUGUGUUAUUAGUGAGCUCUGCCACAGUAUGAAACCGCAGUAUGAUGUGCCCAGGGCCAGUAACUCGAAGGUAUGGUUACAUAAAGUACUAGACCCUGAGAACAACCUCUUAAAAAACAAAGAAAUGCUUGAUGCAUGCUGCGCUGGUAACAUAGACCUCAGGUAUGAAUUACCAUAUAUGCAUUAGAUAUUGCUCAUGCACACUUUGCAUAAUUCUCUAUUAAAAUAUAGGUAUUUCAACCUUUAUAAAAAUUAUAUAACAUACUGAUCCUUGAAAAAUCUCUCAAGCAGAAUGUUUUUAUGCUAGUAUUACACAAUGGAACUCACCAGCAGUAAAUAUUUUCAUUUUUACCAUUUACACAAUAAAUGUGUAAACCUCAGUAUAUGCGAAAUAGUCACUUGUUUCUGCUUCUUCAUUCCCUUCCUUGCUGUAUUUGAAUCAAACAAGAAAUUGUAGUGGAUCCCAUUUGUUUUAAUAAUUAAAAACACAUUUUAAUAUAAAAACAUAAUAGCAAAACAUUAGGAAUAACUAUGUAGGACAUGAGUUAUAUUUUCAUGAUUUCAAAAGGCAAAAUAAGCUCCUUUGUAAUUUGUAAUUAUUUGUUGUAUUGUACGAAUCCUUUCCAAGUGGACCUGUGGGCUAGUAGAAUGUGUCUUAUUCUUUUGUUAGUUAGAUUGACAUAAGAACUCAAUGGAACCCAUGUUAUCUCAAAUAUAUUAUUAUCUUUCUGCUCUUUAGCUUGCCAUUUCUGAACUUUAAACCCUUUAAUACAGUAAGUCUAAACUAAGUACUGUAGAAGUUUUCCAAUAACUGGCAAUGACCUGCCUGGCGUUAUGAUAGAGAGGAAAGCACACCCUAUCAUAUUGUUCCUUUAUUUUUACUGCUAAAUAAAUUUAUCAUUGCCUAGA